UUUCUCAAAAUCAUAAAGUUAGCCGCAAAUUUCAUCGUCCUCUCACACAUCCUUUUCAAUCAUGGGUUACACACUCUACGACGGAACCAUCACGGUAGCUCAAGGCAUCCUCACCACCCUAUCCCACAUUCUCCACCAAGCCGAGAAACAUCCCCAGGCCGACACUCUCCUCUCGGCCCGUCUACACUCAGACAUGUAUCCUCUGCCCGAUCAAAUCCGUCUCGCAACCCAAUAUUGCGAGAACAUCGCCGCCCGCCUCACAGCGCGGGAACCCGUGACAUUUGCCGGCAGUCCCACCACCUUCUCCGAAUGUUUCGAGCGCAUCGAGACGGUGCUGAAGACGCUCAAGGAAGCAGAUAAGGAGACGGUCAAUGGACAGGGUGAUGUGGUGGCUAUGACAAAGAUGGGGCCAAAGUAUGAGGUGGAGAUGAGUGCGGCAAAAUAUGUGCAUUUGAUUGCGUUGCCGAAUGUUUAUUUUCAUGUUACCACUGCGUAUGGGAUUUUGAGGAAGGAGGGGGUCGGGUUGGGGAAGUUGGAUUAUUAUACUGGGCUUUUGCCGCUGAUUGCUGGGAAUCAGUAGAGGAGGGAGGAGCUGUGGAGUGAGAAUGGUGCGUGGUAGGCAAGUAUAUGGAGCUGACCUUGUCGAUGCUGUUAAAUGAACGUAGCGCUCGAGGUCUAGAAUUCUUCUGCUUUUAGUUCUUGGGAGAUUUAUUGGAGCAAGCCUUUCUCAAGAGCGCACGAGAGCUCUUGGUGCUGGUUACGAAAGCGUUCGUUGCCAAGUGCAACGCAUCAUGGGUUCUUGAUGUCAAUUCCUUACGUUCAUUAUGCAGGCAGAAAUGGAAGUGAUAGCAAGAUCACAACAGUAUUGUAUUCACC